GUAGCCUCGGCUGGCUGUGUGGUUAUUCAUUAGCGAAGAAGACGGCGCGGAGGGAAACGGGGCUGCAGGCUGGUCCAGCUAGCGUGGGCCAGGUGUGGAGAACUCACCUGCAGUCAGUACCUGUCCAAGCUUCUCUUGGAAGGAAGCAGAUGUGGCUGGGUUCUGUUCUCACUUGAAGGUCUAAUUAAAUCCCUCUUCAUUUUGUGUUUUUGGUUUGGGAUUCCAAAGCAGACAGGAAGAAGAAGCAUUUUUCCCACACAGCGACUGCCCAGUCCCCACUUGAUUCUGCCGGGGCAGCGCGGCAGCCUCCCAAGCCGGGAGCCUCCGCGGAACGCGCCCCCGGCUGCCCGCGGACCGCGCAGGGGACUGUGCGCUCUCCAGUGCGGUGAGUUGGAGCUGACCAAGAGGCACAGAAAGUGGAUCUGCGGAGACUGCGGGGAGAGGGACCUCCUCUCCCCUGCUGUGCCAGGGCACCAUGGGCAACAUCGGCGUGAGGCUCUGGGCAUACUUGCAGCCCUGCCUACCCUGCCUGGCCCGGGAAGCAGACAAGUCGGUGGUGAUUGAGAACCCAGGGGCCCACUGUCCCCCCGAAGCUCCCAGCUCGCUGGAGCCCCAGAGAAGCCAUGGCCACUACUUUGUGGCUCUGUAUGACUACGAAGCUCGGACUGCAGAAGACCUGAGCUUCCGCGCAGGUGACAAACUCCAAGUCCUGGACACGUCCCACGAGGGCUGGUGGUUGGCCAGACACUUGGAGAAAAAGGAAGGCGGCUCCGGCUCCGACCAGCAGCUGCAGGGCUACAUUCCCUCCAACUACGUGGCUGAGGACCACAGUCUCGAGGCCGAGCCGUGGUUCUUUGGAGCAAUCAAAAGAGCAGAUGCAGAAAGACAACUGCUGUAUUCAGAAAACCAGACGGGAGCCUUUCUGAUCAGAGAAAGUGAAAGCCAGAAGGGGGAUUUUUCCCUCUCAGUUUUAGAUGAAGGAGUUGUGAAACACUACAGAAUCAGAAGACUGGAUGAGGGAGGCUUUUUCCUUGCCCGGAGAAAAACAUUUGCAACAUUGAGUGAAUUUGUGAGUUACUAUACCACAACGAGUGAUGGCUUAUGUGUCAAGCUGGAAAAGCCGUGCUUAAAGACCCAAGUCCCAGCUCCCUUUGAUUUGUCAUAUAAAACUGUGGACCAGUGGGAGAUAGACCGCAACUCCAUACAGCUUCUGAAGCGACUGGGAUCUGGUCAGUUUGGAGAAGUAUGGGAAGGCCUUUGGAACAAUACCACUCCAGUAGCUGUGAAAACAUUAAAACCAGGCUCAAUGGAUCCAAAUGACUUUCUGAGAGAGGCCCAGAUAAUGAAGAGCCUCAGACAUCCAAAGCUGAUCCAGCUUUAUGCUGUUUGCACAUUAGAAGAUCCAAUUUAUAUUAUUACAGAGUUGAUGAGACAUGGAAGUCUGCAAGAAUAUCUCCAAAAUGAUGCUGGGUCAAAAAUCCAUCUGACACAACAGGUAGACAUGGCGGCACAGGUGGCAUCUGGAAUGGCCUAUCUGGAGUCCCAGAACUAUAUCCACAGAGAUCUGGCUGCCAGAAAUGUCCUUGUUGGAGAACAUAACAUCUACAAAGUAGCAGAUUUUGGACUUGCACGAGUUUUUAAGGUAGAUAAUGAAGACAUCUAUGAAUCUAAACACGAAAUAAAACUGCCCGUGAAGUGGACUGCACCCGAAGCCAUUCGUACUAAUAAAUUCAGCAUUAAGUCUGAUGUGUGGUCAUUUGGAAUCCUUCUUUAUGAAAUCAUUACUUAUGGCAAAAUGCCUUAUAGUGGUAUGACAGGUGCUCAAGUAAUUCAACUGUUGGGUCAAAACUAUAGACUUCCACAACCAUCUAAUUGUCCACAGCAAUUCUACAACAUCAUGUUGGAGUGCUGGAAUGUGGAGCCUAAGGAACGGCCAACAUUUGAGACCCUGCAUUGGAAACUUGAAGACUAUUUUGAAAUGGACUCUUCCUAUUCAGAUGCAAAUAACUUCAUAAGAUGAACACUGAAGAAAAAGAAUCAAUUGUGAAGAAGCAAUCAGAAAUUGAAUAAUCACUCCAGAAAUAUAGUCUUAUCAACCAACUACAAAAUCAGUUUAUUUUGACAUAUUCAGGUAGUAGGGUAAACUCAGCUAUGUAUGAUGUAAGAGAUUAUACACAUUUUGUUGACUGGGAAACACUGCAGGACAGUCUAAAUAAUGGAUCAUUUUCUCACUGCCUGGAAAAAUCAUACACACUAAAUGAAGUUAUUUUUCUUUUUAAGAGAUACUUACAUUGCUAUUUAUUGUUUGAAAUGUCAAUCAAGAGAAUCAACAGAUGAUAGUCAAUUUUUACUCAGUGACUGUUGUAGCAUUUCCCUGUUUACUGAUUAGAAUAGCUAUUCAUUAUUCCUCCAAUUGCUAUAUUCCAUCAGACUGUUAUCAUGAAGGAAUUUGAUUGUUUUAUUGCACAGCAGGACCUGUGCCUUGAGAUUUCCUUUUUUCUCUUUUAAAAUAUUCUGUAACUACAAUGAUGGCAAAGCCACAUUAAAUGACUUGAUUGUACUUGAA